GGGCCUCCUUUUUGUGUCACCGAAAAUAAUCCAAAAUGGACGCGCCCAUGGAGAUAAAGGUUCCCUUGAACGACACCAAAAUGGUGGUUCAUCCGCCUCCAAAGCCGACACUGGAUCUUUCCAAGUUACCGGAACAAGAAAGAAUACGGAUUCAACAUCAGAGAAUGCAUGAGAAGCACAAAGGCCAUGAAGCGAUGCAUGCAGAGAUGAUUUUAAUCUUAAUAGCAACACUAUUUGUAGCACAGAUACUUCUCGUCCAGUGGAAACAGAGACACUUCAAAUCAUACCAGAUGGCAACACUGUUUGGCAUGUGGGUCAUACCUCUUUAUUUCUGCGUAUCUAUGCAUUGGACCCGAUUUCUGGUCAUAUGGGCCAUCUUUUCGUUUGUUACCAGUAUUAUUGUUUAUAAAGCAACAAGGAAACCUUUGCCGGGAACAACACCAAGAUUAGUAUACCGUUACUUUUACUCAAUAUACAAAAUCAGUUAUGGACUCGGAAUUAUAGGGUACACAAUCAUAAUGCUGACAUUCGUGGGUUUAAAUCUCAUCUUGAUGAUCAAACCUGAGAUUGCAAUGGACUGUGGCAUGGUGUUCCUGUUUUAUGGUUUAUACUACGGCGUGCUCGGCAGGGACUUUGCAGAGAUCUGUUCGGAAUCGAUGGCAUCACACAUUGGUUAUUAUACAAAGACUGGUUUACCCGGUAGGGCGUUGGAACCUUAUAUAUGUGCAGUAUGCGGUCUCACUAUGAGGAUACCGGACGAAGAUGAGGAAGGAGCAGAAAGGAUAUACCAGCUGUCAUGUAGUCACAGGUUUCAUGAGUUUUGCAUACGUGGCUGGUGUAUUGUUGGCAAAAAACAGACGUGCCCUUACUGCAAGGAGAAGGUGGACUUAAAAAGAAUGUUUAAAAAUCCAUGGGAGCGUCCGCAUAUGCUAUUCGGACAGCUGCUCGAUUGGAUCAGGUAUUUGGUUGCCUGGCAACCAGUUAUAUUCCUCCUGGUGCAAGGAUCGUACUACGUAUUAGGCCUUGAGUAGCGGUGAGCUACCGGUUUUAUAGUAUCAUUAAAUAUUUGCUACCAAAUGCUGUCGGGAAUAUUAAAGUAUAAAGGACGUAUUCUACAUUGAAGUCCCCAGUUUUCCUUGAAACAGUAAACAGAAAAAAAUAUAUACCGGUAUAUAUAGAAGAUUAAUGGAAUUUAGGAAAAAUACAGAAUUUAACUUAAAAUACUUUUUUUUUGGAGGGGGGGGCAAACCUUAUAGAGCAAAAACAUUAAGCAAAACAAAAUCUAAUCAAACAAUUUUGUGCAUCAGCAAAAAAUUAAGAACCAAAAGGAAAUCAAAUUUCUCCAGUUUAUUGAAAUAUGAUUUGAGUAUUUAGAAUUACAAACUUUGUACACACAGCAUUGUUGACAAACAAUACAGUGCCCCUCCAGUCAUUUUUUCCUCUGGGUCACGGUCAGCCACUGUAUAUGUUUUGUACAGGUCGCUGAAGAAAACAGAAGUUCAGAUUUAGAACUCUGAAGAAGGUAGAACAGAAAACUAGGGACUUUUUACUUUAUGUAGGUGGGUGUUUCAUGAAAGUUGUCAGCACUGACUAAAUUGUCAGUGCUGACAAUUUCAGUGAAAUUCUUGGUUUUGAUUGGCUAAAGGCACUGGCCUCUGACUGUUACUAUGGUAAGUGUUGGAGAAAGACAACUUGUCAGUGCUGACAACUUUCAUGAAACGGUCCCCUUGUGGGGCAUUGUGCACUGCACGUCCUUGUUGAGACAUAGUGUGGCAGAGAGUGGUUGACAAUAACGCUUGGCAAAGUUUUGCUUACGUGGAAGUAAGCAGGUGUGAGGUUGCCAAAUUAAAAAUGUCACUGAGGCAGUUGGUAAUACUGUAUCCUGUCAGCAAAAAAAAAAAGAAUAACCAAAUUCCUGAUUGGUUAAUUCAAAUUAUGAUUACACAAGUUUGUUGACUUUGUUAUCAAGUUUUUAAAAUUUUGAUUUGGAAGUAGGUCUGCACAUUUGUUAAACGUAAAACAGUGAGCCGUGCCACACUGUGUCUGAACAUGCUUUUCAAUUUGUAUUAUCUACCAAUAAAUUACAAAUGAACUCAUUUACUGUUUUCAGCAUUAUGGGAGAAUGGUGGUUACUCGUAAAAAUCACUUUUAAGUGAAUAUCUUACAACCUCAGGCAGAGUCUUCAUAUUCUUGUUAUUGUCUUGUGUUUUGAAAGUUCAAGUGGCAUGGUCUCAUAGGAUGUAGGGCAUCGCUUCUCAAUUGUUGGUCUUCGUCCCAUAAUAAAUCUGCAUAGCCUUUCUGAUUAGCCAUAAAAAAUGAAAUAACAAUAUAAUGAAAGAAAAAUAUUUGUCAAAUAAGUGGGAGAUCUUGGCUUCAGCUUGCUAUUAAAAAAACUAACACCAAAUCAAACUUGCAUAAAAUGGAAAAAAAUUGAUAAUCAUGUUUAGAAAUUGAAUAGUCAAAUGAAAAUGGGAGUUGAUAUUGGUAGAUAAUUUUGCUGUUGAACAAAUUUAAUCACUUAUUUAAUUCUAUGAUAUUUUUUAUCGUUUUUCAAUUUGAACGUAUUUGUUUUUUGCCUUGACAUUUUGAAAGGACGGUUCCAAGAUAAUGAGAAUGAAAACCAUUGUUGGAUGGGCUUUGGAGUCAGAAAAGGUUGAGAAGAAUAUCGAUAUUAAUUUCAUACCAGCAAAUAACGUUUACAUUCACACCAACAAUACUGAUCGACAAACUGAUCAAUGAUACAUGUAUGUCAUUAAGAAUAGUGUAAUAUAUUUUGUCAUGCUGAAGUUAGAUGUCCCUGUGUAAUCGGAGUCUUAGCCCCCCCCCCCUCCCAUGAGGGAAUUGCAUGCCUUGUAAGGAUACAUGAUCAAUCAUUGUUGGAAAUAUCUACUGUUUCUGUGGUCUGUUGCAGAAUAAAGGCCAUUUAUUUAUGUUCUUUUUUUUUGUCAAACUCUUUGUUUGUAUUUUCUUAUCUAUUAGUGUUGGAUUCAUAAGUUAUCCAUACAUGUAAAUUGUCAAAUACUUUUUUUCUGGUAUUAAUGACAUCUCUUCUUGGCCAAUUCUAGUUGUUUGGUGUCGAAAGGGAUUUUCAUUUUCCAUUAUGAUAAAAAUAUCUUUUGGAAAAUUUUGAAAUAUUUGCUUUUUAUUUGGGAUGUAAUGAAACAUGAAAUAAUUCACAUUGAACUUGUGUAGAAGAGGGGCACAGUUAGUUAAAUAAAGUUAGUUGUAUCAUAUUAAUAAUGUCCCUGUAAUAAGCAAGGAUACAUGUUUGUAUCUCUUAAACUUGUUAAAAACUCAACAGGAACUUGCCAACAAAAUAUGCACAUAACUGUAGCCAAUUGUAAUAAAUCCCAUCUUGUUUUGUGUAAAUUAUCAAAGAAUUGUACUCAAUGUUCUUGCAGAAUUGUCUUUAAAACUCUAUUCAAACGUCACUCAACUUAACAGCUAAAUUUGCAGCUGCCAACAUAAUUAGUUUUAAGAAGCUGCCUAUUUCUACAAAGCACAAAAUUAUUUACACCUGUGAUGUUGUCUGUUCAUGUUCAGGAAGACGCGUAAAAGUUUUCAAAGAAAUUGGAAAGCGAGAGGAUGAAGCGACUGGGUUGUCUUGGGGUGCUCUGCAUUUUCAUAAGUGAAAUUAACAGAUUUUGUGGACACUUAGGUGAAUUUUGUCAAAAUUUUCAGUAAAAAACGCACCCCCAUGCUGCACACGGCCAUGUUUCAGGCAUGGUCAGACAAACAAGAGGCUCGCAGGCUGUUAAAAAAGUACAUACCCCCCCAAAAAAGGAAAAGGUCAACCAUUUUUGUAGUUGACAUCUUAUUUCACUUUUUAAAUUUUUGAACAGGCAAGUAUUGACUGAUUCUACCUCCAUGGUAGACCGUUUUUUUUUCUACAGAACAAAAUUCUUAGCAAAGUGAACCUGACUCCUAAGUAAGCUUGAAAGGGUUUGUCAUGUGAGCUUGACUGUUGUAAAAGAGUUGAAACUAUACCUAAAAGAGUGAAGAAUUAUUUAUAAAUAUAGUUUAUAUGUAUGUAUGGCAAUGUUACACUUUAUUCUUAGUGUUUGAUAAGAAAUAAUAAAUUGUUGUCCUCAAACUUAUUUGUUUCUCGAUUAUUCCAACCUGUUGCUCUCGACUGCCGCCCAUUUCUUGUGUCAUUUCAGCAUUGUACAUAAUACAUGUAUUUCGUAAAGCUGUUCAUAAGAUUAGAGCGACUUAAGUUUAAGAACGACUGGUGACCCUUUCUUACAUGCUAAAUAAUCACCAAUGAACAUUUAAUGGUGAAUAUCAUUUACCACAAGAAAGGAUCACCAGUCGUUCUAACAGUCACUUCUUAACUUAUAAACAGCUUUAUGAAACAGCCCCCAGGACUGGAACAUGUUCUCGGGUUCUUGUUCAACUACAUUGGUCAUUUAGUAUUUAGCAUGAAAAAUUGUUAACCAGCCAUCAGAGUCAUGCAUCACCCACAAACAGAACUUAUGAAAUGGCCCAUAGGAUACAAAUAUAACUAGAUUGCCUUUUCCUUUAUUUUUUUGUUUCGUCUGAGCUUGGUGAAGCCAUGACGUGUGAAUAAUACCCGGGAAUAAUAUGAGAUGUGAAUAAUUAUUUACUAUGAUGAUUUGUUAGUGAUGAAAAAUACAGAGCCUGGAUUUUUUUCAAUGGUA